GCUUUUUUUUUUUAGGCCCAACCCAGCCCUCACCAGCUCAGCCUUCUGCUCUGUUGAAGUAUCCAUGUAAAACCUGAAGAAAGGUUGACAGAGCCACCGUUACCCAACGCACAGAAUCGCGGCUCUAGAGACACGGAUCAGAACUCAGAAGCAGUUUAGGUGGUACAAAAUGGACAACAGAUGGUACAAUGGUGAACAGGGAACAAACGUGCAAGACAAUGGACAACAAGAUAAGGAGCAGAAUACUCUUAUUGAGGAUUUGGUGGAAGAUUUUCGCUUGCCAAUUAAUCACAAACCCACAGAAAAUGUCGAUCUGGAUAACGUUGAACAGGCAUCACUGGACACAAAGUUGACGGCAUCUAACAUAGGGUUUAGGCUUCUUCAGAAAAUGGGAUGGAAGGGGAAAGGUCUUGGCAAGGAUGAGCAGGGAAUAGUUGAGCCGAUAAAAUCUGGGAUUAGAGAUUCGAAGUUAGGGAUUGGAAAACAAGAAGAAGAUGAUUAUUUCACCUCAGAAGAAAAUAUCCAGAGAAAAAAGCUGGAUGUUGAGAUUGAGGAAACAGAGGAACAGGUGAAGAAACGGGAGGUGUUAGCAGUACGGGAGCAGAAAAUUCAAACUGAGGUGAAAGAAAUAAGGAAGGUGUUCUAUUGUGAUCUCUGCAGCAAACAGUAUAAACUGGCUGUGGAAUUUGAAGCUCACCUAAGUUCAUAUGAUCACAAUCACAGAAAGCGUUUUAAGGAAAUGAGAGAGAUGCAUGGUUCUAGCAGUCGUGAUGAUCGGCAAAAGCGAGAACAGCAACGACAAGAGAGAGAGAUGGCUAAGUUCGCUCAGAUGGCAGAUGCUCGUAAACAGCAGCAGCAACAGCAAGUGGAAGAAUCUGGAUCUUGUCAGGUUUCCAAUUCUCUGAGAAGUGCAACUGCACUUGCUGAUCAAGAUCAGCGGAAGGCUUUAAAAUUUGGGUUUUCUUCUAAGGGUAGCACUUCUAAGAAGCCAACUGGUGGUGUUGCUGCAAAGAAGCCAAAAGUUGCAGUAGCCUCAGUAUUCGGCGAUGAUAGCGAUGAAGAACAGUAAAUUUUGACACUGCAGCAGGAAAUAGCAAUACACAAAGUGUAUGUUCUCAUGUUAUUUGGUUGAUGAUUUGUAUUGUCUGUGGCCAAUGCCUGAAAUUUCAAGCCUCUUCAUGGUUAAUGGGUCCGAAUAUCAUAUUUAAAAGCUUUCAACACUUAUCUUGAAUAUUCUGACCACAGAUGAUUUUAUUGCAAAACAUAAUUUGUAUGAUGAUACAGAACUAUGUAGAAACUUUCUUUAUUGCAAGGAUCCAUCUGUUUUUAA